AGAGGACAGAUGUUCCUCAGACGGACAGAUGUGUUCUUUAGUUUUCAGGAUGUUAGUGACCGGUCCUGAUCUUAGAGGCUGUAAGGAGAAUAAAGUGGGGGGGUCGCCCGUGCAGGAGCGUUGACCUGUUAAACGUUUUGUUUCCAGGACGACGAGCGACAUGAACAGAGCUUUCUGUCCUCACUGCGGGAACAGAACCCUGAAGAAGCUGGCGGUGACGGUGAACGAGGACGGCAGCAUGCAGAUGCAUUUCUCCAAAAACCCCAAAGUGUUGAACCCCAGAGGGCUCCGGCACACGCUGCCUCUGCCUCAGGGGGGGAAACACUCCACCAACCCCCACCUGGUGGAGGACCAGCGCUUCCCCCAGCAGAGGCUCUCCCGGAAGGCUCGCCAGAAGACCGACGUCUUCAACCCGACACAGCUGAUGGACUACAACUCCCAGCGGAUGGACUACAACUCCCAGCUGCCUCAGCAGAAAAAGCUCAAAGAUGAGGCCGACACUGGAUGA